CUGUUUGUUGCUAUCCUAUGGGUGGGUCCAAGUAACAAGUUACCUGACCAUUUAUUUGGAAAAGAAAAACAAUUUUAUUUACCUGAUUGUUUCUCUUAAUUUUUACCUAAUUAAUUGUCCAUUUUUCUACUUGAUUGUUAAUUGGAGAAGAAACAAUUGUCUAGAUAAUUAUGUCGAAUUGGUUAAUAUUAGUUUUCGUUAAUUUAUUAGUUUCCUUUCAAUUUACCUUCGGACAAUAUGAUUACUAUGGUUCAAACGGUAGGCCCACUUGUAAUAUACCGUCACAAUUACAAGGUGAAUGGUAUUCACGGGAAAAAGGAUUGGACAUCACAACUACUGUAUCAGAAACUGAGAUAAUUAAGGGUUCCAGUUCCGAUUAUGGUUCUUGUGUCAAUAUGGUUCAACAUGGAAAUGAUAAUUAUACUUUUCAUUUGCGCUCCACUAAAACUAACUGUCAUUAUUGUGUCAGGAUUCUCAUUCGAACACUAAAUGUUUUGGAAAAAAUUGAUGGUGGCUGUGUCAGUUUAAGUCAAGGAGUAAGAGCAUCACUUGGUGAAGUUUGUAGAAGUGCUGAUUUAAACGCUGAAUUAAUUACGAUGUUUUCCACAAAUCCACAGGGAAGAAAUUGUAAAUCAAGUCUCGAAGGAGUUUGGUCAUUUGGUUAUCGUUUGUCCCACGUUUCCGCUAGUGAAUGUUACGAUAGCGAAUCUCAAAUCAAAGCUUGUCAAAAACCCGGUAAUCAAUUUUCAAUUGUAAAUCAACAAUUUACAAUGAUUUACAAAUCAUGCGGCUCCAAUGGUGAAAAUAAAGAGAUUCAAUAUAAAUGUCUUGGCGAUUGGUAUGUUGGUAAAAACCAUUACUUUGCUGUGGUCAAUUCAAGGGAUUCUCGUAGAUCUGAGUCUUAUCGUUGUUUCUUGACCAAUCGAGACGAUCCAACUCACAUCGCCGUUUCAACUACUGCCGAGUGUAACACUUUGACCUCACCCCAACAAGGACCUGAAAGGUUAACUCUUCAUCCAUCCAAGGCUGAAACUGUUGUUCCCGCUUGUCAACUUCCAGACGCAAUGAGAGGUGAAUGGAUUAACACCGCUAAUCUUGACGCUCUUGUCAAGAUUAACUCAACUCAUAUGGAGGAACGUUGGAGACCCGAUACAGGAACCGAAAAGGAAGAGAUUUAUGUUUGUCAACAACGAAAAGGUUCUCGGUACGUUAUGGCUCGACUGGGAAUCAAUGGCUGUCAGAAGGAUUUUGUUUGCUUCGAUUUUGUCGCUCCUCAUCAUAAUAUUAUUCGUUAUCGUAAGGGUCAAGCAAUGAGCUCAGAUCAAUUUGGUACUAUUUGUGCCUGGACAAAUUUCGAUGCCAAUGAAGAAUGGAAAUAUGAGAUUCUAUUGGCAGCUAAACCAGUGGCUAUUAAAUGUCCAGUCGCUGGUAAAUUUAAAUUCAACCAAAAGGGAGAGAUACCUUUUGCCACUCGAAUCCGUGGUGGAGUAACUCAAUCACCUCGGAAUAAUGUUAAAUGUAAACAGAUCAUUUCUGAUCUUUCUAUUUGCGAUCCUGAUCAGAAAAUAAUGGAAAUCGAUGCUGAAUAUUGUAUUUCAGUUGAUCAUCGGGGAACUUCAAUUGAUUAUCAAAGUGAUCCUGAUCAUCGGAUGAAAUGUAUCGGCUUUUGGAAGGAAGAUCUCAAAUCCUAUCUAAUUACUUACGAUGAGAUGGAUGCAUAUAGUAGAUACCGUUGUUGGGUCUACCAAAGAAGUGACCUUAAUCGAGUACUAAUGUCAAUGUCCGUCGGAGCCUUUUGCCAUAGUAAACAGAGAGUUUCCUCUUGGAAUUCAUCAGAAGGAGCUCAAGUUGCUCUUGAUAUGGUUGAAUAUGAACGAGAACACGAUGAAUGUCCAAUGUAUUUCGAUGAUGGUUCAAAUCCAUAUUCAACUGACAAAGACAGUGCCAUCAUUUUGGAUGCCAGAACCAGUGGAUCAACAAAACUGCGAUCAAACUUAAUUGUGACAAUCAUAAUUGUACCGAUUCUCAUAAAAGCAGCAAUAUUUUGAAAGAA